UGGUUUGUUCAUAGUUAGCAAGAAGAAAGUCCCAACCUAACUUUUCCUCAACAAGCUUCCUCCCUUCUUAAUCCUACCUUAUGCUAAACUCAAAUUACUUAAUCCCAAGAAUUUUCAAUUCAGUCAAAACUUUCGGAACACGAUCCACGAAUGAUUCAAUGAUUCUCUCACCCACCGCCACCGGAGCCCACUGAAGGAAUAUAUGAGAUUGAAUUUCUCCGUCGCCAAAACCACCGCCAACUGCCACUUCUUAUCUCUGUCGUCGGCAGCUCUCUCUUUACAUCUUCUCCGUUUCAGGGAAUCAUAGUCUCUCUUGCAACAUUGGAUGACUUUUGAAGACAUUCACGUGUUACCUUGUUUCUUAUUCACCCUUGCUCGCACAUAUGUGUGUGGGUGUGUUUAUGUGGGCGCAAAAAUGAUGGUGAAAAAAGUUCUGGUUUCCGUGGAGUAGACCUUUGCAUUCGGUGCUCUCCUUUGAUAUUGGAUUUUGAAUCCCCUAAUAUGAUAAAGUUUCUUCUCUUUUGUAAAGUUAUUUUGCUUUGCGGGACAUAAUGGCUUUCUCUGUUUUCUAUCAGUAAAAGUUGUCUUUAUACAUAAUAUUGUGAAGGAGAUCAGUUGAUUUAGUGGAAACAUGGCGAAGGGAAGUCAUGAGAAUGUUGCUUUUAUAGAUGUUGAGAAUUAUCGGUUGGAUGAUGUUAUCAUCAUCGAUGAUACUCAAUGUGUAACUAAGGAUUUUCAAAGGGCCAAUAUAUCAACAGAAAGCAGAAAAAGUCCUUCAUGCAUAUAUGUAGAUGAUUGCAGCUCAGAUGAGGAUGCCUGCUCACCUUCAAGAACAUUCCCUCCAUCGUCUCGGCGGCAUUUUGUAGAGUUAGAUGGUCGACAAAGCCGAAAACAAUAUGCAUUUUUUAUGGGGAAGUGUAUGCAAAGCAACUGUGGGAAAGCACCUGCUAGAAAUCAUUUUGGUUUACAUGUCAGUGCCCACAGCAGUUCCUCAGAUAGCGAUAGUUCUGAUUGUGAAGUUAUGGAAGGGUCUUUUGAAAAGCUCCGACAACAGUGGGAAGAGGCUUCUUUGAGGAGAAAGCAUGAUGAUCGUCGUGCUUUCUUCACAGUAGAAGACCAAGAUAAGGCAUCUGCUUCUCAUGGUGGUGAUUCUGAUACAAAUGUUGGUGUCGAAAAUCAAAGGAAGCAGCAAUCUGAAGUACAAGUGUGUUCUAGUCCUGAAAAUGCUGAAAAUGGUGGCUGCUGUUUGUUGACUGAAUUAAAGAGCAAUUCAACUGAAAAUGGUCCUCCAGUACCUCUCAGUGCGAAAGGUUUGAUUUGUGAACGAGAGAGGCUGAAGGAGACUGAUGAAUACAGACGAGCAAUGGAAGAAGAAUGGACAACAAGGCAACAAGAGCUACAAAUUCAGGCUGAAGAAGCACACAAAUUGCGUAGAAAAAGAAAAGCAGAGAGAAUGCGGCUAUUAGACAUGCAAAGAAGACAAAUGAAACGUUUAGAAGAAGUGAGAGAGACACAAAAGAAGGAUGAGGAGAAUAUAAACAUGAAGGAACAACUUCGUGCAGAUGUGAGAAAAGAGCUUAGUAUGCUGGAAAUGAAUUGCACUGAUAUGGCCUCCUUGUUACGUGGCUUGGGAAUUCAAGUUGGAAGUGGCUUACAGCCUUCCUCACAAGAGGUGCAAGCAGCAUAUAAAAGGGCGUUGCUUAAGUUUCAUCCAGAUCGAGUAUCAAGCACAAGCACAGACAUACGCCAGCUCGUGGAGGCUGAGGAAAAAUUUAAACUUAUUUCUCACAUGAAGAAAAAAUUUAUGUGCUAACAAACUUGUAAUUCAAUGCAACCUUCUUUUCUUUUUAGGCUAAUGUCGUAUACUUUUGUUUGCUUUUUUUUUUUUUUUUAGUUCUCACAGGUACAUCAUUAAUUUCUUGGUGGGUCUCAUAAUACGUGUUAAUUUUUUGUUGUUAUUUUUAUUUUUAGUGGUGAAUAGUCGUAGGAAUUCCUUGUUUGUACUA